CGCCACCAACCGAUAUCACCGCCACUAUGCCGCCCAAUCCAGCGACGGGCGCGAACAAGGACACCCCCAAAAGCAACGACCGUAACGAGUACAUCCCAUCCUUCAUCGCAAAGAAGCCGUUCUAUAUCGAUGAUUCUACCGUCUCGUCCGAUGCCGAUUACCUCGAGCAUCAGCGUCUGCAAAAUGAUUCGCAGAAGGAGAAAGACUCUCUCGCUGCUGCGCAAUGGUACAAUCGAGGAGCUGUCAAAGGCCCGGCAGCGACCAAAUACCGCAAAGGUGCCUGCCAAAACUGCGGAUCCAUGUCGCAUAAGGAAAAAGACUGUCUGCAACGGAAGCGGAAGAAGGGCGCGCGCUGGACCGGCAAAGACAUUCAAGCCGAUGAGGUAGUGGGCAAGGUGGAACUCGGGUGGGACGCAAAAAGAGAUCGCUGGAACGGGUUCGAUGCAAGCGAGUACAAGGAAGUCAUCGAGGACUACGAGGCUGUCGAGAAGAUGAGGAAGCAGGCUGCGAAGAAUGACGGAGAAGGGGAGGACGAGGGUGCAGAAGAGGGAGACAAGUACGAAGCCGAGACAGAUAUGGGCCGUAAACAGGCUACAUCAACACGAAAUCUGCGAUUACGAGAGGACACCGCGAAGUAUCUUGUCAACCUCGACCUGGAAAGCGCAAAGUACGACCCAAAGACGCGGAGCAUGAUCGAUUCUGGUGGCGGCGAUCCGAACAGUCUGGAUGCCGACGAUGGCUUCGCGGGCAAGCAGAGCGGCGAUGCGGCAGAGUUUGAGCGAGCACAGACAUAUGCCUGGGAGACGCAAGAGCGCGGCGAUAAGGACCGGAUACAUAUGCAAGCCAAUCCGACAGAAGCGCUACUUACGCGGAAGCGGAAGGCCGAAGAAGAAACGCAGAAGGCGGAAGCGAAGAGGAAGAUGCUGGCAGACAAGUACGGAGUACAAGACACAUCUUCGAAGAAAACUGCCGCGAAACUUGCUGCCGCGGGCGUAACGAGCAACGAACGAUACGUCGAGUACGAUGAAAGAGGGAGGAUCAAAGGCGAACCAGAGAAGAAGGAGAAGAGUAUGUAUGCGGAAGACGUCUACAUCAACAACCACACGUCGGUCUUUGGCAGCUGGUGGAAAGAUGGGCAGUGGGGCUAUCAAUGCUGUCAUAGCAUCGUCAAGAACAGCUUUUGUACUGGCGAGGCCGGCAAACACGCCUUUGAAGAAUCGGAGCAGUUCUCACGAGGACUUGCCCUUCCUUCUGCUGAGGAGUCGAAAAAUGCCGAACGAGUCGACCCAGAUACUGCGGCGCAGGAAGAGGAGCGCCAGGAGAAGCAUGUUCCGAAUGGCGUUGAUCGCCCGGAGAAGCAGAAUCAGGAUGAGAGUCGGAGGAGAAUGGAAGAAUUGAAGAGUGGUGUGACCGAAGAGGAGAUGGAGAAGUACAGGAGAGAAAAGACGAACGCGAAUGAUCCGAUGGCGAAAAUGCUCGGGAAGGACGAGUUGCUAGGUCUAUUGAUAUUGAGCACUCCGAACACAUUUGUUUUUUCCCCGUCGUCGAGGCGCCUGAUUGUCAGCUGCAGUUUUGGAGAACCGUGCGCAUCUCCAUACAAGUUCGAUCGACUUUGACUUGUGAAUACCAGCUCGCCACUGCUCGUAGAGCCCGACCUCGCUCAUCGUCUGUUCUGCGCGUGCCCAUGGCAUGGCUGCGAGAUUAGCGCCAUCAUGCAUCGCUUCGACCAAUCCGCUGGACGAUCUGGUUCACAAGCUCCUGGCAAUACUUGAGAAGGCGUCUGCUCAAGUCGUGCAGUCGUCUGUGCGGGGCUUUGCUUGACUCGUGUCGCUGUGCUCUCACCUUGUGUGUCGCGCAUACCGUGCGUCUGCAUCUCCCGCACCGGAAGACGACAUCCGCAUUCCAUCUCAUCUUGCGGUAUACUAUUUGCUUCGUUAUGCAACAAGUUUAUGGCAUUCAGAAUAGCGCUCCACGCCUUUGUCGACUUGCACGACAACUGCCGAACGGGCGAGAUUAGGUGAGGCCAUUACCGCAGCUGCCAGCUCGCGGAGAAUACCGACGUGAUACAGUACCACUUCCACAGGAGCACGAUAGUGAGCUGCACUAGGCUCCGUGCAUCAAGCUGAAAUUUUAUUAGCACUCGUUUC